AUGAUAUCUGCAUUCCGACUUCCAAGCCCACUCGCGCUCUGCCGAAAGCGCGUCGCUGCUCUACCCAACCAGCGCAGAUGCCAAUCCUCCAUCCGUGCUCUGCAGGACGCGUUCCGCGAUCCUUCCUCGCCCUUCCACAUACCCCCGGGCACAAAGGGCCCCGCGUCGCCCGAUCCCCCAGCCGAGUCCGAGCUUCUGCACACAGUCGCAGCCUCCAACCCACCAACGGACGCUGAAGUCGCAGCAGCGGAGGGAGAGACGCCCGCCGCCGAGGGGCGCAGGAGGCUCCUCGAGCUCGGCUACGACCCCAGCAGCUUCUGGGAGCAGCAUGUCGUGUGGGGGGACCACGACGCGUUCCAACACGUCAACAACGUCCGCUACGUGCGCUUCUUCGAGUCCUCGCGCAUCCAGUGGAUGUGUUCCCUCGGCGAGGAGCUCGGCGGCCCUGAUGCGGUCGCAGCGAUGCUCGCGGGCCGCGGCGUGUCCCUCAUCCUCAAGUCCCUCUCGCUCCACUAUAAGCGCCCCGUCGUCUACCCCGACACGCUCCUCGUCGCGCACGGCGUGCACAGCGCCGCGUCCGAGCGGCCCCUCCCGAAGACGCACUUCCACCUCCGCGGCGCGAUCUGGUCGUACGCGCAGCGCCGUAUCGUCACCGAGUGCGAUUCGGUACUCGUGUGGUACGAUUAUGACAAGCUCGCCAAGUGCGAUCCUGGCCCCCGCACGAGGGAGGUACUCCUCGGGAGGAUGCAGCUGGGGCAGUAA